GAGGUUAUGAACGCACCCCGAGUGUCGUAGUCCUCCCGAUGUAAACAUUGCGAACAAAGGGUCAAGGAAACGACUUAUUUCGGGAUAUUUUGACCCUAUUUCGCCGACGUAAUACCCUCACUCCCUCGAACUUCCUCGGCCGAGGGAUGGUAAAAGCUACAGAGAAGGGUAUGGUUUGGAAUGGCCAGAGGAGAAAACGCUAAAGAACAAGAGGAGAAUUCAGUGUUACCAAGCGACGUUAAGGACCCAGAAUUAGCCAAAGAAAACCAAACCCCUAAAAGGCAUCAUCACAAAGCAGUGUCCAAAGAAAUCUCAAAGCACUGUCAUUUUGUGGAAACUCAGCAGGGAGGAGAGCCAGGGAAGAAGAGGCAGCCGGUCAAAAAAAGCAGCUCAGUUAACAAUGGCUCAAAAUGGUCGUGCAAAUCUUGCAGGUUUUUAAAUGUGGGAUCAACAGACCAGUGUGUUAUAUGUACAAAAUGGAAGCCCCGAUUACCCCGCCAGGCAUCCCACCCAGUCACCGGAAUUCAUCGCUGGUCAUUUCUUGGUACAAACGGUUUUGCUCAAACCACGGCAAAGAAGCAGAGUAGUGAGAAGGAAAAGUGGACAUGCCCUCGUUGCAAAUUUCUGAAUGUGUGCCAUGCUGGUGAGUGUAUCAUCUGCAGCAGUGGACCCGAGCAUGGUAGUAAGCCUCCUCUAGUGCCACGAGAAAUACUCAGUCCAGUUGCUGAUGAAAAUGGCCACAACUCUCGGCAGGAUUUAUCCAGGGUCUUUGGCGCAGCAAACAUGAGCUCAAACAGUCUAGUCUCCAAAGUGAUCAAGCUCAGCUGGAAGUGUAAACAGUGCCGGCAUUAUAACUCGGCACAUAGCUCAACAUGUUCUUCUUGUAUCAAGCUCAUAGGUAAUGGUGGUACUGUUAAUAAUGGUGUAACAGCAGGGUAUGGGAACCAGAUAGACAAUGCCAUUACUCCUGUGGAAGAGGUGGAAGGAUCUUUUAUGGUGGAGAACAGUCUUUAUUUUUUAGGAAACAAUACUUCAGCGUUAACGUCUUCUGAAACGGAAUGUAAUCGUUCGCCAAAGAGACAGAUAUCAGUUGCUCAUGGUCAAGUACGUUCAAAAGUGUGCAAGUCAAGUGAUAAAUCUGACAAUGAGCCAGUGUCUUCUAGAGAUUCUGACAUUCACAAGGGUCAGGAAUUAGAUGAUGUAGUUAUAGAGUUUGAUGAUAAUAAGAAUUAUAAUGUGUGUAGUAAUAAUAAUGAAGAACUAGAGACGUGGGUGUGUAAAAGGUGUACAUUGAAGAAUCCAGUAGACUUAGAGUACUGUGAGGUAUGUGAGGCCCCCAGGAAGCCAAACAUUCCAACCACUCUGCCAAAGAAGACAAAAGCUCUCAUUUGUACAGCAAACAAUGAUUUGAAGAUUAUUGAUAGUGCCUCAGAUGUUAAUCAGAAAACUGUUGUUAAAACUCCAACUGGAAAAGCGCCUCACAUUAAAAAAUCUGUAAGUGAUACUUCUAAUUUAAACAUUGCUGAAUCACUAGUCAAGUUUGUUGCCAGUCGUCUUUCGUCUCCAACAGAACCCAACAUGUCUGUGCAGACAAAAGUUGCUAAAGAGUCACAGCCAGAGAAGGCUGUAUCCUCUGUGUCUCCUCCUGUAGUUGAUCUUUCUCGUUCUUCAAGUCAAGAAGACUACUCUCUCUCUGAUUCUGAUAUGUGGACAUGUAGUUUCUGUUCAUUUGCAUAUAAUCCUUCAUGGUCAGAAUCCUGUGAUGUGUGUAGUGGAGCAAAGGAGAGGGAAGUGAGUUCGAAGACUCGUGAUGUAUUGAAUCAGGGCUUAGAUGAAGAUUUUCAGUUACUCACUACAGAUCUUUCGGAGGAGGGAGAGUCCCCUGACCAGAGCUGGACAUGUAUCAAGUGUACUUUGGUGAAUACAGGGUCAGAAAAUGCUUGUAAAGUUUGUGGUGGGUCACGGCUCAAGAGCAUCUGCUAUGUUGAUGAUGCUACUCUUAAGAGAGGGGAGUUUUGGACAUGCGUGGUUUGUACAUUAAAAAAUCCCAUUUUUGCCCGCCGUUGUAAAGCCUGUAAAGCCAAAGUUGAUGGUACGGGAGGAACCAGAGAUAAGCUAAACAAUGAAUCCAAGGAUUGCCGGCCUAAAUCUGAACAUAUCAGUAGCCCAGUGUGGAGUGCUGGUGGUGGGCAAAAGUCUCCUAGUACUCAAAGGAUGAGCUUAGUGGACACUUCUGCUGAUGAUGACACUAAAAUGGAUUCACAGACAGAUAAUCAAAAUGGUGCUCAGUUCAGUGAUACUCCUUUACGUGGGAAUGGAGCGAUACCAAAAUCGCACAGUGUCUCAGGCUGCCAGGCACCUCUAGCUUCUCAGGUUCCUAAAUCUCCAUCGUCAGCUCCAAGCUCCCCUGUCGCUCAGCAGAGGGAGCCCAGCUCCUCAUCAACUUGGAACUGCAGUGCCUGUACAUUCAAUAAUAGUGCCAGUGCAGUAUCAUGCACAAUGUGUGGGUCUUCUCCAACUUUAGGUGAUGUACCUCACAGCUGGCCAGGUAGCCAGGCCUAUCGUGGUCAGAGUGAACUCAUGGAUGUUCUUCGGGAGAUGGAGGAACGUGAUGCCCUGAAUAAGUGGACAAGAAUUGUUCACUACUGUAGAGUGAAUCAACAUCCAUUUGUGGAUGAUUCCUUCCCACCAGUGCCGAAAUCCCUCUUUUAUAGUUCAACGGAAAAGAAAGAAUCUCGUGUAACGCAGUGGCUAAGGCCCCAUGAAAUUGUGGCCGAUAAUGAUAAUCGUAACAUUAAGUGGGCUGUUUUUAGAAUGCCUUUACCUUCUGAUAUUUCUCAAGGUGUUUUAGGAAACUGUUGGUUGCUUAGUGCCUUGGCAGUGUUGGCUGAAAGAGAAGAUUUAGUUAAGAAAAUCAUGGUUACUCGUGACUUUUGCCCUGAAGGUGUUUAUCAGGUGCGUCUUUGCAAAGCUGGGCGUUGGGUGACGGUGCUUGUGGAUGAUUUGUUACCCUGUGAUCGUCGUGGGCACUUGGUUUAUUCACAAGCAAAGAGACGACAGUUGUGGGUGCCCUUAAUAGAAAAAGCUGUGGCCAAAGUACAUGGGUGUUAUGAAGCUCUAGUAUCAGGCCGUGCUAUAGAGGGAUUAGCAACACUUACUGGUGCACCAUGUGAAAGCUUACCACUGCAGGCCUCCUCUAGCCCUCAUGAAGAUGAUAUUGAUGAGGAUCUCAUUUGGGCACAGUUAUUGAGCUCCCGUUCAGCUGGGUUUCUGAUGGGAGCGUCUUGUGGUGGUGGUAACAUGAAGGUUGUUGAUGAGGAAUACAAGGCUCAAGGUCUCCGGCCAAGACAUGCAUACUCUGUAUUAGAUGUACAAGAUAUUGGUGGAUUCCGACUGCUGCGUCUCCGCAACCCGUGGGGCCACUAUUCGUGGAGAGGAGACUGGUGUGAUGAAUCUCCUCUAUGGACGCCUGAACUGAGAGAGAAACUCAUUCCCCAUGGAGCUGAUGAUGGUGUCUUUUGGAUAUCAUUCCAAGAUGUGUUAAAGUACUUCGACUGCAUAGACAUAUGCAAGGUGCACAGCAACUGGUCUGAAGUGCGAGUGACAGGUUCACUGCCAUCGAUGGCUGAUCGCCAGGCUCUUACUCCAACAUUUAUUACGGUUCUUGAGCCGACAGAGGUGGAGUUUUCUCUCUUUCAGGAAGGCCACAGGAAUUCUGAAAACUCCCAGAGAUCUCCUUUGGACUUGUGUGUAGUUCUGUUUCGUACAAAUGCUACUGCUGCUCCUACUGUAGGAGCAUUAGUAAAACACUCAAAGCGACAAGUGCGUGGUUUUGUUGGGUGCCAUGCAAUGCUUGAACCUGGAGCAUACAUGGCGGUAUGCCUAGCAUUUAACCACUGGCAUACAGGUUUGGACAUUUCUGAUGGGUAUCCGGGGUACGUCCUGGCUAUACACAGUAGUAAAAGGGUAGCAGUGGAACAGAUCACAGCUCCCUCAUCCCUUCUGGCCGAUGCACUCAUCAAUCUCUGCUUAGCUAAGGGACAAAGGCAUGAGGGUCGACAAGGCAUGACUGUAUACUACCUCACAAAGGGAUGGGCCGGACUUGUCGUCAUGGUUGAAAAUCGUCAUCCAGAUAAGUGUAUCCAAGUGAUGUGUGAUUGCCGUGAAAGCUACAAUGUUGUUUCUACACGGGCCCAGUUAAAGACAGUAGAUUCUGUACCUCCUUUGCACAGACAAGUGAUCAUUGUACUUACUCAGUUGGAAAGCAGUGGAGGAUUCAGCAUAGCUCACCGUCUAACCCACCGCCCUUCUCAUUCUGCUGGGCUUCAUGACUGGGGACCUCCCGGUACAAAUCAUGAUCCUUCCAUUGACCAUAUUACCCAUGGACUGCAUUCACCAAGACCAAUAUGAGAGAAGUGUCAUUUAUAAUAUUUUGAAGUUUAUAGUGCUCCCAGAGUUUCAUUAUGUGGAGAAGAGUGAGAGAGAGAAAGAGAGACAUGUAUGGAUAAUACUUAAUGUAUGAUCAGACCCUAUUUUGGGAGUGCCUACCUUUUCUUGACUGCCCCUGUUUGUGAUACAACACUAGAGUGGGAGUGUUUCAUAUUAAAAUUGAUUUUUGCAUUUUAUAACUAAGGCCAAGUGCACUUCUUCCUCGCUCUCUUGAAGGUUAACCAUUUCGUUAAAAGAUUGAUGUGUAGCUAAUUUACCAUAGUGACACAAUAGAAACUUUGUAAUGCAAGAUUGAGCUGUAUGUCAUACUUAUGGACAUUUUACAUGUUAUUUAUGAAAACCACCGUUUAGUAUUUAUCUGAUUUCCAUUGUGGUGUAGAAAAGAUAUUUGGGAUUGUUAUUGCUACUUCUGAUGGCUUUCACUAGAAUAUGUCUUAUCAGAUAUAGAAUUAAGUUGUUGAAGAAAGUUGCUGUGAAUGGAAAUAUUAAUAGGGUAAUUUGAGAUAUGUUUUUUUUUUUUAUUUGCAGUAAAGGUCUAUGUAAUCUUUAUUGAAACUUGGUUAAUCUUUAAGAUAGUAGAUACAAGGAGUUAGUCUAUAACCCCAUUUGUCCUUUAACUGGUUUGGGCACUGAAUACAUCAAAUUUGACUCCUUAUGCUGCUUACACAAGAUUCAAGAGACUUUUAAGUGACUCUUCACCUUUCUUUCUUUGUUUUUCAGUGUUAAGAUUACAGUAUUAUUUUCCCUCCAGUUACAUUGUUGCGCUUGUUUUAGUUUGGCUGUGAUGGUAUUUGUGUGCUGUUAUUCACUACUGAAUUCUGAGAGAUUUGCUGGUACUGUAUUGCAUUUAUUAUUUUAAUUCAUAUCCUGCAUUUCUUCUAAUUUAUAGUAAGUAUUGACAUCCUGUUUUAUAGUUUUGAUAUUUUAUAUCUGCGGCAUUAUUUUUCAUAUAUUUAAUAAAGGAACUUUGUAUCUUACCCAAUAUUUAAUUUUAUAUAUUUAGGAGAUGGAUGGUUUUAUGAGCUGCUUUUGCAAAGGACUUCAUUGUCAGAAAACCUUGACAUGUUAAGAGCAGCUGUAUUCGGAGCUCAUAGAUGCUCAUGUUAUAUGAUAAUUAAGACAAUCACCAUUUUCUUUUUUAUACAUUCAUAUUUAACUUGAGUUUGCAUGAUCCAUAAAGCAAUUUCUGUUUUAAUAUUUUUGUUUUUAAUCAGAUUUUUUAUCUUGAGUGGGUUUUAUGUCAAGCUGCCACAGUGAAACUUGCCAUGAAAAUAAAAGUUGUUUCUAAUCUAACUGAUAAUAUUUCUUUAGCUUUUCUUACCCAUCUUACCUUAUGCAUGCCAGAAGCAGGAAUUUCCAGAAAUUCAUGUUCUAAAAGGGGCUGUAACUUGGCAUAAGGAUAUUCGAUUGAAUUUUGUAUUCGUCGAAAAGUUAUGAUUUGUAACAAUUUGAACUGUAGGAAAAAUAAUUACAACUUUUAUUUUUGAUAUUAUUACUACAUGUUUCAACUGAGUCAGCAAUGAUGCUGGAUCAAUUAGUGCCUGUAGAAAGAUGAGAAUAUGAAAUCCCAAAGUGCUGAUAGGUUAUACUGUAGGGCUUUUUCCAUGACUAAAACUAUUAUAUUCCUUUGGUAAUUAUUUUAUCUUACUGCAGAGGAGCUCUAGCAAAAACACUCAUUGUGAAACUAAAUAUAAUUUUCCAUGGCUGCUAUGAAAAAGCCUUUUUUCUUGAUGAUUUAAGAAUAUAGUAGAUUGGUUAUUUGAUAACUUGUUUGCAUCUAGAUUAAACAGUGAUAUAACCAAGCUUUAAUUCAAAGCAUAACAAAGUUUUGUUAGUAGAUGUAGCAGGCUGGAGGUGAAGAAUUAUUGUUGAAAUUAUCUCUCACUAAUGAGUUGUUUUAUAUUAUAAUUUAUGCUCUUACUAUGGUUUACCAAGUGCUAAGGAAUCAUUUGCAUGCAGAAAUCAGUUAUACAUUGAAUUUAUUAAAGAAAAGCAUCAGUUUUUUCACUUAAAUUUUGUUAUUAAAAAUAAAUGCUUUUGGGCCAACCCUGUUAGAGUCAAGUAUUUCAACUCGGUCUUUUUAAAAUUCAGAAUAAUUAUAACUAAAAAAUUAUACGUAUAUGGUUAGAGUUGCAGGCAGCUUUGAUUUCUACUAAAGAAGAUUUCUCACAGCCAUAUGUAAUCUUCAUUCUUAAAAAUAUGUAAACUUCAUGAGUUCAUCUGUAUAAAACAGAGCAUCACACAAAGAUAAUUACAGUGUUAUUGAGGUUACAAUUACAUGCCAUGCUCUAGAUUAAUGGCUUACUUUCAAAUCCUAAAUUGAUUAUAGUUAAUUCAGAAUAUUACAGUAAUUUAAACAUAAUAGGCUUUCAGAAUAUAGGAUUCGUUUCCUUUAUUAUCACCAAUUCAGAGAAGCACUGAAAUAAUCUCAUUAUUUAACCAUGAGAGAGAGUAUAUAUCUAAUCUCAAGAAUGCUGACAGCUCUCCAUGCACUCAUUUAAUAAACUAAUAGUACUGUCUGGGCCCUUUAUUGUCAUUGUAUUUUCUGCUUGUUAUAUAAUCCUAUUAUCAAAUCAGGGACCAAUGUGAAAAUAAAAAUAUGUAAAAUGUACCAUAGACAUAGACUAAGAGUGCCCCACAAUAUUUAGCAGUAGUGUCUUCCUAUACAUACUAAUGGUACACACACACAUUUUUGCAUGUGGUCAAAUAACAGACUCCUUCUUUUGCAUAUCCUUUGUCCCAUUGUCUCUGUAGUUAUCAUGCUGAAUGCUUAUGUCUCUUGUGAAGUUUUAUCUAGCUUAAUACAAUGCACAUAGGAAGCCCGUACACAUUAACUGAUUUCUUGUUAACCUUCGUAUUUACGGUUCAAGAGCUCAUUAAAUUACACUGAAAAAUUUUUUAACAUCAAGUAGUUUAUGUGCCAAAAUUAGGAAAUGGGUAAAGCCCAGCUUUAACAAAAUUUUAUGAGUAUACGUAGUACUGUUUAGAAUUUUUAGUGUACUUCGUCUACAAUAAUGAUAUUUAGGGAACCUGUUGACUAUUACCUUGCUUAUUGCUUUUUAUGUGGUGUUUUUACUUUUCUUUGUUAGGGUUCACUGUGUAGCAUAUGUAUUUUAUACAAAUAUCAACACGAAGUAUAUUUUUUGUUGUAUAUAUAAUUGGUGCAGUAGAAGGCAAAUGUAUUCAUUGCUUACUGUAAUUUUUCUUACCAUUUUUAAUAUAACACUUAACUUCCUCUUUCUGUAAGACUCAAAUAAUAAAUGCUUUUUUCUUAUCUUUCUGAAAGUCAUAUUUUACUACAGUGCAAUAUAUUUUUUAACUUAUUUUGAAGCAUUAGUUAUGAAAUAAUCAGAUUUUUUAUGUGGACAGACAAUAAACUUACACACAUCAUCAUGCAGUUGUGUGUUUGAGGAAUAGCCUUUGCGCAUACAAGAGAUUUUACUAUAGUAUGUAGUUGAGGUGUUCCAUUUUAAUAUUUCUUUUAAGACUCAAAUAUCUUUAGCAUUCCAAUAGUAAUGAAAGUACCAUGUACCUUUCAAUGCUGUUUGAUUUUCUUAAUUAUCAUUCACAUUUACCUUUUGAGGCAGUAAUUAUUAAUAUUAAAAAAUAUAUAUUUAGGUUCAUAAGCUCUCAAGUUUUUUCAUUAUUUUUAUCAAUGACUUGGACUAUUUUUAAAGGGUUUAGGGUAACUCCUUAAUUAUGUGAUACUAAAUUGUAAUAAAUUUAGACUACAUUAAAUUGGUAAGUUUAAUAUGUACAGUGUACAUAUAUAUUAUGUUAUUUCCACUUGAUGAAGACUUAAAGCAGCCUCUGCAAUUUUUUGCCAGUCCAUACUCAUUGUCAGGAAUGCAUUAUACUAUAUUGCAGUUUGCAAGAUAGACAAAUAUUUUUUAUGAACUUUUGCGAGAUGUAUCAGUGUUUUUUCGUGUAAUUAUGCAUCAAGUUGUGCCACUUAUUAGUCUGAAUCAAGAUACUGCACUUGGAGUGUGUUUUUACACUAUAUCAUCAGUGUUGAGGAUUAUAUAUUCAUGUUGUGGGAAGAUAUAAAGAUGAGACUAAAUAAUCUUGAUUGUUUCAACUAACAUGUUAUGGUACAUUUUUAUUGAGUUACAUAAUUCACAGGUCUUUAUUUUUCUCAUCCUGUAGCUCCAAAAGGAAAAGACAGACUUUUGUUAAACACAGUUUAGAGGUCCUAACUUGUAAUGUGUAUGUUAUGUGAACCUUUUUAGCUUGAUGCUGACAAAAUAUCACCUUUGCUAUAACUCGGUGACAUUUUGUGUUUAAUCUAUCAGGGUUGGUGUUCUUGUGUCCACUUUGAUCAAUGUAAGUUUUGAUAUUAUAUUAGUUCCAGCUUUCAUACUAACCUGUAUGAAAUCAAAGCUGAAGUAACUGUGAAGUGAGAUCAUGUUAGUAUCAAUUGCCUCUUGAUUUAUGCUAUUGACAUGUGAAUGUAGGUCACAGAAGAACAGGUAUUAGGCAACAUUGGUUUUAAUUUUACCUCGAGAAUGCAUCUCUUGUUUAACCUUUAACUGAAAAUGAACUGCCCAAGUGUAGUCUGGAGUAUCUGAGCUUUUACAUGUAGGUAUAGUUUUUCAAGUCAGAAUAGAUAAUACAAGAUCCUCCUUUCCUUUGAGAAGUUGAUGAUGUAACUUAGUUCAUUCCUGAGAACUCUGUCUUUAAUCAUUUUGACAUUUAGUUGAACUCUCUAUACAGGACUUUUCAACCAGAAGUAUAUUGAUUAGUUGUAGCUGUACUGUGAAAGUUAUACACCAGGCAUGUUAUCGAGUUGCUAGCCAUUCCAAAUCUGCAGCUACCAUUUUGCGUGGAGUGAGCUAGUCAUAAAUAUUGUUGGGCUUCAGUUAUCCUUAAUCAUAUCGUAAUUUUGACCAGCUAGUCCUCCGAGCAUCCAGUACAAUGAAGAUCUUAAAACGGUUUAUUUACUAUGCAGUGUCCUACCCAUGAAAAUUUAGGAUUAUCAUCUUAGGAAUGUAUAGAAAAUUUAUGUAGGAGACAUACCAUAUCAUCAUGAGAUUGGCAACCUACGUAUUGAUUGUUUUGUUGUACAAAUGAAAAGAUAGUCCAGGCAAACAAAAUCUGUAAAAUAUGAAAGAGUACGUAUUCUUUAGUCACUGUGAGUAGUUUCUGUUAGGUAUUACUUCAUCUUGGAUGGUCUACUAAGUAGUUGGAGCUAUUAUUUUUUGCAAGAUGAUAGAUAAUUUUUCUAACAUUUUUUAACAGAAAAACAAAUCUCAAAUCUGCAGUUUGUUAAAAUCAUAGCUAUACAUGUAUAAGGAAAGGUAACCUGUCUUUUUUUAUGGUUUAGAUUGAAAUAGGUCUUUUAUUGAGCCAUAACAUGUUAUGAUAGAAUAUGGACUAAAUUAUGAAAAAACUCAUAAGCCAAACAGAGCCACUUCUUAUCAUGGGGCUUAUGCAUACAUUGGAUUAAAGCUCAAUACUUGAUGUUCUUUGCUGCUUUUCUGCAGCCCUCAUAUGUGUUGUUUUCUGAUUUUUACUUUUCAUCCAUCCACAUCCUUCGAUCCACUCAUACUAGCUUGUACAACUUCUUUCAUUGAACUUUGCUCUAGCUUUCACAUCUUUUAUAUCAUAUCCUUUGGGCAGUUCCUGUAAGAGUAGAAAUGAAACUCUAUGGUUUUAAUAUGUGUACCAAGAUGCAAUAUUGUAAAGUAUGUCAGAUCUUUAGGGCAGGCUUUUGAUUCUUGAUAAGUGGCAAUGAUGAUUUAAUAACUGAAUGUCAUAGAGCAUAAUGAAUUAUAACACUAAAAAUUUAAUUACACUUUUUUUAGGUAUUACAAUAAAUCAUACUGUUACAACAAAAGUUAGGACUUUCUAACUGUGUUUUUGUAGGUGAUAUGUACCAUGUUUUAGUUUCAGGUAUAAUAAUUUGAUAUUGUAAGCUGCAGCACAAUAUUGUGUUAAGUAGCCCAACAGCUUGUAUAUAUAAUCUGGAACAUCGGCAUUCAUACCUUGCCCAUGAGUACAGAUGGUUAGGUCAGCCUUCAAAAGUGUCAUGAAUCAUUAUGACUGUCCUUGAGAGGACUUAUACCAGAUACCAAGUUUUACCUAUAAUGAAGGUUUACUGAGUCACAGUAACUUUCACAGAACAAUUUCAGAUAAUAAUCUUGAUGUCUUCAAGAGAAUAUCUCGUAAUGUAUUUAUUCUUCUCUUAAUAUUCAAUAUACUGUACAUCCUUGAAAAAUACAGGAGGAAAUAUAAGGCACUGGCAUUGUUUGGAAUCUUUGGAUAUUUGACAAGGUUUUUCAGGCAUCUGAAUAGUAUUUAUUUUGGAUGUUUGUCAUUACUAAUUUCAAUAUAGGGAGAGUAAAAGCUGCUAAAUUAGUUUCCAUUUCAGUUACAAACUAGUCAAUUUCACUGUAUUAAAAGAAAAAAGAUUUCAUGUGUACACAAUACUUAGUCUACAAUCCCCAAAAAGCAGUAAUAUAGUACAAUAUUAUGGCACAAUUUAAGGUUGAAUUUAAUUUACUUGAUCACUCCCAUAUUCUGGUAAGAGGUGUCUUUCUGCAUUUAGGACUGUGAUAGAGAAAUAAGAAGGGUGCAGCAGUAAUUCUGUUUUAGUUGGGUGCAUUUGAGUGGCCAAAAUGUUGCUCAGUGUCAUGUGAUGCACUUGCAGCUAUUACCAGUACUUUUAUGCAGCCGCAAAUUUAAAUCCCAAGAGUGGAAUUUAUAUCAGUACAGUUGCACAAGAGAGUAACUUGAGCCAUAUGAGAAGCCAUAUACAGGUAGUGACAGUUGUCUAGAGUAUCACGUGACAUUCGGUUGCAACACGCCCCCUGGAUUACAGCUCUGAAUUGGGUACAGUCUUCUCACAACAACUGCCAUUGUAAAUAAGAAGAUGAAGAGUUGGUACCCAUUAGAGUACAUUUUCUUUUUCCUCUUUUCUUUUUGGAUACGGCAAUCAUUUGGUGUGUGUGUGGUAAUUUCAUAAAUUUUAAAUCAAUUUUGUUAAGCCUUUCCUUAAUGUUAGUACUGUACAAGAUAUUGAAUACUGACAUUUAUAUAUACUGUAUUGUAAGUAGAUAUUAACAGUUAUAAUUCUCAAAAAUAGAAGCUAUUAGAGAUAUGGUGUUUGAAAGACAUAUGAUUACUAUGAUUGCACUUUCAUCCUUGAAUAAGCAUAGAAAUAUUUCAUUGUUAGAAGAAAACAUAUAAACUGUCUGAAAAUAGGGCAUCAGAAGAAUGAGUCUUUGGUACGAAAGUACCCCUUAAAAAGUAGUUUGCAUAUGGCAUAUAGCUUAUAUAAACAGUAAUCAGUAAUUUUACAAGACCCUCCUUUUGUUACCUGUUACUGUAAUGUAGUCACUUCUGUACCUUUGAAAUUUUGAGUCUCUCGAUCCAGUAGGCUUCAGGAUUAGACACUUUGUGGCUCUAUGUGAUCAUGUAUUUGGUCUAAUGUAUUUGUAAGAUCAUCAAAGUGAUCUUUAUGUUAGAUGUAUGUAAAGCUUCUCUUCAUUACUCUUUUAUUGGAUUAUUUAUCAACUAUACAGUAAGAAAACCCACGUCUGAUCUCAACACACACAGGUAGCUAUAUAGGCUAAGGCAUGUUGUUGGGUAGGAUGUAUUUAUAUGGUAAUAAUCCCUCUCUCCUUAUCCCCUCUACAAUUGUGAUGAUUGAAGUGAUCAAUAUCUGUAAAAAAGAAAAAAAAAAAAAAGGACAAAUUGAUAGGCAAAAACUCUUACCUUGAGAAACACUGACAUAGCUGAGAAGAAAAAUUCCAUGGUGGAUGGUACGUAGAAGUUUGAUGUUCUCGGAAGUAUUUGUCAAGGCAUUUUGUGUUCUAUUUGUAUGAUUUACUGGUAUAUAGACGACUAUUACUAAGAUGUCAUGUUUAUUAAAUUUAGGAUUAAUGAGAUGAUUAUGCCUUUUCUUUUUACUAGUGAAUGUCUGACUUACUUGAGCCCUUGAAUGAAAUUGUAAAUUUUGAAAGCAGAUCAGGGCAUUUUUCUUGAAGUGUUAAUAAUUCAUCUUUAUUCCAGCUGAUUUACCAACAUAUAUAACCAAGAAACUGGUUUAAAAGGAGUUGAAAGGCUCAGACUUAUGUUUGUGUACUUUAAUUUAUGAAUGUCAAUAUAUUAUGGUAAGUAGUCACUAAUAUAAUGUACACAGUACAUGUACUGGUAGUAACAACCCUGUGAAUGACACACUCACUCACAUCAGUCCUCAUGAAUUGAUGCCAUAUCUUAAUAAUAAAGACAUCAUUGAUCAUC